AUGGCGACUCCGUACGCCGUGGACGCCGCUGAGCGCAGCAGCAUCGACCUGUCUCUCGAACUCGAGCACCAGCUACAAUUAGAGGACGAUGCCUCGCAUCCUUCUUCGUCACGACCGCACUCGCUUGACCCUCAUGUUCUGUCUACUUUGAUCAAGAACCUGCACGCGGAGGUGUCUAAGCUCACAAAGGAGCGCGAUGAGCUGGCGACCGAACUCGGCGAUUCACGUGAACGUGAGGGCGACUUGCGGGAGGAGGUUCACCGGAUGAUGGAAGCCCAUGCGACGAUGGACGAGCAGAUGGAUGAGUUGCGCCACAAGAACCAGGAAGCCGAGGAGAGUAUCGCGUUGUUGCGUUCGAAGGUAGAGGAUUCAAGGCGCGCGCUCAUGAGGUUGCAAACCGAGAACCGUCGCGGACCCGGCAACAUGAGCAUCGACCUCUCGCGGACGAGCAACUUCACCUUUGGCGGUGCACCGCCGUCUGCGUCGAAGCGCAUGUCCUUCACACCCGUCACAGGGUCGCCGGCUGCGCACCCAGGCGGCCACCGUCGCCGCGCCAGCAACUUCUCCGUUGCGGGCGGCGAUCAAGAUGGGGCUUCUGUGCUCUCUAUCCCAGCUGGCCCAUCAGAUGUGUUUGGAUUGGGUGUGACAUCGCCACGGUCGCCACUGAUGCGACACGAGAGUGAUUCGGCGCUACAGAAGCAGAUCGACACCUUAAAGCAGCAGCUUGAAGAGACACGCGCCGAGCUCAGUGAAGCCGUGGAGGCCCGCGAGUCGAGCGAUAUGCUUGCGAAGACUCUUCGCGCGUUUAUCGACGAACACAACGUUGGCCAGGCAACGCCUCCACCUCCGGAGAUGCCUCGCCGGCUCAGUUCAGAAACCAAGGCGCCUCCUGCCCGAUGGGGCUUUGGCGGUUUGUGGCGUUCGCCCGACCCUUCAAAGGACACAACCGCUCCAGCUCAUGGACAUGCUCCCUCGACCUCGGUCACGGCACCAUCGCCGCCGGCCGCAGCCGAGCCUCUGACGAAGAAGCUCGGUGGAUUCUUCUCGGGCACACGCCGGAUGAGCCAGGCUUCGGUGUCCACGUCGAUGUCGCCACCCAUGUCGCACCGCGAGCCGCCUUCGCUUGACGCCGAGUACUCGUCGUCAACGACAUCCUCCGUUGACACCCCGGAGCCCACCAGCCCGGUUGACGCUCUGCAGCGGACCUUGUCGAACGACGGCACUCCCGGUACGAAACUGGUAUCGCUGAGUGAGAGCGGCAUCCAGAUCGUAGCCGCAUAA